AUUUUUCCAUGUGGUGUACUCAUCUUUAGGCACGAAGGAUAUUCCUAAAAUGAUUCGUCAUUUGAAAUUUAUCUUUAUAUGGAUUUCACUCAUACCUCAACUCACAGAUGGCGGAAGUGUCACGUGGUAUGAACCUGCUCCUGUUAGGACUACAUCGAAUCCAGCUGACGUGCUCCCUGUUUUCAUUGUACCGGUUUAUGAAGGGAAACCUGCUACACUGAACUGGAGCUACAGUCUGACGUUAGGUCUAGAUCUUGGUGGAAUAAGAUUCAAAAAUGUUCGCCUAGUCAAAAUUAACUCAGAUGGUUCAGCUGGUCCAGUUGGUGAUAAUUUUCCGAGAUGGCUCAGCGUAAGCUCAACUAUAGGAACAGUUUCUCUGUCUAUCUCUGCAGUGACUGUUGCGGACGAUAAGGCUAAUGGAGAAUUUAGCUGCGAGGUAGUGGAUUCCAAUCUUGAUACUUGGAAACGAGCUAUUCAAGUGCAAGUCUUAGUGUUGCUGACUUCUAGAGAGACACACGUCAACUUUAAAAUAUUGUUAUCCGCAUACGUCAUUUUUAGUGUUAGAGUUUCUCAGCGAAAAAAACUUCGUUAA